AUGGGUGCCCGGAGCGUGUGCCGGGCGCCGGUGUGGGUCCUGGUGGCCCUGCUCGUGGUGAGGCAGGCAGAGACCCGGAGCCCUGCUGAGCCGAGCGGGGGGAGCGCAGGGUACAGCACAGACGGUGGCUCCGUGACGUCUGCGUCUGCCCGGCGUGUGAGCUUUGUUCCACCCGUCACCGUCUUCCCCAGCCUGAGCGCCAUGAACCCGGCGCACAACGGGCGUGUGUGCAGCACGUGGGGUGACUUCCACUACAAGACCUUUGACGGCGACGUCUUCCGCUUUCCUGGCCUCUGCAACUACGUGCUCUCUGAGCACUGCGGCGCCGCCUACGAGGACUUCAACGUGCAGCUGCGCCGAGGCCUGGUGGGCUCCAGGCCUGUGGUCACCCGUGUUGUCAUCAAGGCCCAGGGGCUGGUGCUGGAGGUGUCCAACGGCUCCAUCCUGGUCAAUGGGCAGCGGGAGGAGCUGCCCUACAGCCGCACUGGCCUCCUGGUGGAGCGGAGCGGGGACUACAUCAAGGUCAGCAUCCGGCUAAUCCUGACCUUCCUGUGGAACGGAGAGGACAGCGCCCUGCUGGAGCUGGACCCCAAAUACGCCAACCAGACCUGCGGCCUGUGCGGGGACUUCAACGGCCUCCCAGCCUUCAACGAGUUCUAUGCCCACAAUGCCAGGCUGAGCCCUCUCCAGUUUGGGAACCUGCAGAAGCUGGACGGGCCCACAGAGCAGUGCCCAGACCCACUGCCCUUGCCGGCCGACAAUUGCACGGACGAGGAGGGCAUCUGCCGCCGCACCCUGCUGGGGUCGGCCUUUGCGGAGUGCCAGGCGCUGGUGGACAGCGCCGAGUACAUGGCCGCCUGCACCCAGGACCUGUGCCACUGCCCCACCUGCCUGUGUGCCACCUUUGCGGAAUACUCGCGCCAGUGCGCCCACGCAGGUGGCCAGCCACAGAACUGGAGGCGCCCCGACCUCUGCCCCCGGACCUGCCCCCUCAACAUGCAACACCAGGAGUGCGGCUCGCCCUGCGCAGACACCUGCUCCAACCCCCAGCGCGCGCAGCUCUGCGAGGAGCACUGCGUGGACGGCUGCUUCUGCCCCCCAGGCAUGGUGCUAGAUGAUGUCACGCACUCCGGCUGCCUGCCUCUCGGGCAGUGCCCCUGCACCCACGGCGGCCGCACCUACAGCCCGGGCGCCUCCUUCAACACCACCUGCAGCUCCUGCACCUGCUCCGGGGGGCUGUGGCAGUGCCAGGAUCUGCCGUGUCCGGGCACCUGCUCCGUGCAGGGCGGGGCCCACAUCUCCACCUACGACGAGAAACUCUACGAUCUCCACGGUGACUGCAGCUAUGUCCUGUCCAAGCAAUGUGCUGACGGCAGCUUCACGGUGCUGGCCGAGCUGCGGAAGUGUGGCCUCACGGACAACGAGAACUGCCUCAAAGCAGUGACGCUCAACCUGAAUGGCGGGGACCUGGCCAUCCGGGUACAGGCGGACGGUGAGGUGUUCAUGAACUCCAUCUACACGCAGCUGCCCCUGUCGGCAGCCAACAUCACCCUGUUCCGGCCUUCGAGCUUCUUCGUCGUGGUGCAGACAGGCCUGGGGCUGCAGCUGCUGGUGCAGCUGGUGCCUCUCAUGCAGGUGUUUGUCAGGCUGGACCCCGCCCACCAGGGCCAGAUGUGCGGCCUGUGUGGGAACUUCAACCAGAACCAGGCUGACGACUUCACGGCCCUCAGUGGGGUGGUGGAAGCCACGGGUGCAGCAUUCGCCAACACCUGGAAGGCCCAGGCCGCCUGUGCCAAUGCCAGGAACAGCUUCGAGGACCCCUGCUCCCUCAGUGUGGAGAAUGAGAACUACGCCCAGCACUGGUGCUCACGGCUGACCGACCCCGCCGGCGCCUUCUCACCCUGCCACUCCGUCAUCAACCCCAAACCCUUCCACUUGAACUGCAUGUUUGACAGCUGCAACUGUGAGCGCAGCGAGGACUGCUUGUGUGCCGCCCUGUCCUCCUACGUGCUCGCCUGCGCCGCCAAGGGCGUGCAGCUCAGCGGCUGGAGGGGCGGCGUCUGCACCAGGUACAUGCAGAGCUGCCCCGAGUCCCAGCGCUACGCCUACGUGGUGGACGCCUGCCAGCCCACCUGCCGCGGCCUGAGUGAGGCCGAUGUCACCUGCGGCGUCACCUUCGUGCCUGUGGAUGGCUGCGCCUGCCCCGCCGGCACCUUCCUCAAUGACGCGGGUGCCUGUGUGCCCGCCCAAGAGUGCCCCUGCUACGUUCACGGCACCGUGCUGGCCCCCGGGGAGGUCGUGCAUGACGAGGGCGCCGUGUGCUCGUGUGCAGGCGGGAAGCUGAGCUGUCUGGGAGCCUCCCUGCAGAGAAGCACAGGGUGCGCGGCCCCCAUGGUGUACCUGGACUGCAGCAACAGCUCGGUGGGCACCCCUGGGGCCGAGUGCGUCCGGAGCUGCCACACACUGGAUGUGGGCUGUUUCAGCACACACUGCGUGUCCGGCUGUGUCUGUCCCCUGGGGCUGGUGUCGGACGGGAGUGGGGGCUGCAUCGCCGAGGAGGACUGUCCCUGCGUGCACAAUGAGGCCACCUACAAGCCUGGGGAGACCAUCAGGGUCGACUGUAACACCUGCACCUGCAGGAACCGGAGGUGGGAAUGCAGCCACCGGCUCUGCCUGGGCACCUGCGUGGCCUACGGCGAUGGCCACUUCAUCACUUUUGACGGCGAGCGCUACAGCUUCGAAGGCAGCUGCGAGUACACCCUGGCGCAGGACUACUGCGGGGGCAACGCCAGCCACGGGACCUUCCGCGUCAUCACGGAGAACAUCCCCUGUGGGACCACUGGCACCACCUGCUCCAAGGCCAUCAAGCUCUUCGUGGAGAGCUACGAGCUGAUCCUCCAGGAGGGAACCUUUAAAGCGGUGGCCAGAGGGCCGGGCGGGGACCCACCCUACAGGAUCCGCUACAUGGGCAUCUUCCUGGUCAUCGAGACCCGCGGGAUGGCCGUGUCCUGGGACCGGAAGACCAGCGUGUUCAUCCGGCUGCACCAGGACUACAAGGGCAGGGUCUGUGGCCUGUGCGGGAACUUCGACGGCAACGCCAUCAACGACUUCACCACGCGGAGCCGGUCCGUGGUGGGGGACGCGCUGGAGUUCGGGAACAGCUGGAAGCUCUCCCCGUCCUGCCCGGACGCCCUGCAGCCCAAGGACCCCUGCACGGCCAACCCCUCCCGAAAGUCCUGGGCCCAGAAGCAGUGCAGCAUCCUCCACGGCCCCACCUUCGCCGCCUGCCGUUCCCAGGUUGACUCCACCAAGUACUACGAGGCCUGCGUGAGUGACGCGUGCGCGUGCGAUGCAGGGGGCGACUGUGAGUGCUUCUGCACGGCGGUGGCUGCCUACGCCCAGGCCUGCCACGACGCCGGCCUGUGUGUGUCCUGGCGGACUCCGGACACCUGUCCCUUGUUCUGUGACUUCUACAACCCACACGGGGGCUGUGAGUGGCAUUACCAGCCCUGUGGGGCUCCGUGCCUGAAAACCUGCCGGAAUCCCAGCGGGCACUGCCUGGUGGACCUGCCCGGCCUGGAAGGCUGCUACCCGAAGUGCCCCCCCAGCCAGCCCUUCUUCAAUGAAGACGAGAUGAAGUGCGUGGCCCAGUGUGGUUGCUACGAGAAGGACGGAAACUACUAUGACGUGGGGGCCAGGGUCCCCACGGCAGAGAACUGCCAGAGCUGUAACUGCACACCCAGCGGCAUCCAGUGCGCUCACAGCCUUGAGGCCUGCACCUGCACCUAUGAGGACAGGACCUAUGGCUACCAGGACAUCAUCUACAACACCACUGAUGGGCUUGGUGCCUGCCUGAUUGCCAUCUGUGGAAGCAACGGCACCAUUGUCAGGAGAGCAGUGGCAUGCCCGGGAACCCAGGCCACAACGCCGUUCACCUUCACCACUGCCUUGGUCCCUGUCUCCACAACAAGCCCGGCCCUCCCACUCUCCACCGUGUGUGUCCGUGAGGUCUGCCGCUGGUCUGACUGGUACAAUGGGCACCGCCCGGAGCCUGGUCUGGGAGGCGGAGACUUUGAGACAUUUGAAAACCUGAGGCAGAGGGGGUUCCAGGUAUGCCCCGAGCCGGCGGGCAUCGAGUGCCGGGCAGAGCAGCUUCCCGACAUGCCGCUGGAGAAGCUGGGCCAGCAGGUGGACUGUGACCGCACGCGGGGGCUGAGGUGUGCCAACAGCCAGCAAAGCCCCCCGCUCUGCCACGACUAUGAGCUGCGGGUUCUCUGCUGCGAAUACGUGCCCUGUGGCGCCUCCCCGGCCCCGGGCACCAGCAUCCAACCCUCCCUCAGUGCCAGCACAGAGCCUGCUGUGCCCACCCCCACCCAGACCACAGUGACUGAACAGACCACCCUGUGGGUGACCCCGAGCGCCAGGUCGACAGUCACCAGCCCGGUCAGCAGCCCCCCGGCCCCAGCUACCACCGCCUGCCAGCCCCGCUGUCAGUGGACUGAGUGGUUUGAUGAGGACUACCCCAAGUCUGAGGAGUUGGGGGGGGAUGUUGAGUCCUACGAUAAGAUCAGGGCCGCGGGAGGGCACCUAUGCAAGCAGCCAGAGGACAUCGAGUGCCAGGCCGAGAGCUUCCCCAACUGGACCCUGGCGCAGGUGGGGCAGAAGGUGCACUGUGAUGUCCGCUUCGGCCUGGUGUGCAGAAACUGGGAGCAGGAGGGCGUGUUCAAGAUGUGCUACAACUACAGAAUCCGGGUCCUGUGCUGCAGCGCCGACCACUGCAGGGGACAUGCCACAACCCCGCCACCCACCAAGGAGCCAGAGACGGCCACAACCACCACCACCACCCUGAUCUCAACGCUGCCACCUAUGAGUAGCACAGGAGUGACCAGGGCUCCCCCGCCCACCACCACAGCAGUCCCCACCCUCUCAGAAGGACAGACAUCCCCCAGAUACACGGGCACCCUUGUUACAGCCACCACAGGAGGCCCCACGGCUCCUGCAGCUUCCACAGAACCCACGGUCCCAUGGGUGGCCACAUCUAGCUUUCCAACUCGCUCAGCGCUGCCAGGGACCACGAGGAGCUUGGGCACACAGGGCCCCUCGAGGCCCCCCGUGCCGGCCUCAACUACAAUGGCAACCUCCAGAGCUCGCCCAACAGGCACAGAGCCGCUGACCAUCAGCCUGGUGCCAACACUCACGAGCCAUCAGUCCACCACUCAGGCUGAGACCAGCACGCCCAGGCCAGAGACAACGACGCGAGGCCCCAUCCCUGAGGCCACCACCAGCCAGGGCACGACCCGAUGUCAGCCGAAGUGUGAGUGGACAGAGUGGUUUGACGUGGACUUCCCAACCUCGGGGGUCACAGGCGGGGACAUGGAAACCUUUGAAAACAUCAGGACUGCUGGAGGCAAGAUGUGCUGGGCACCAGAGCGCAUAGAGUGCCGGGCGGAGAACUACCCCGAGGUGAGCAUCGACCAGAUCGGGCAGGUGCUGACCUGCAGCCUGGAGACCGGGUUGACCUGCAGGAACGAGGACCAGUCAGGCAGGUUCAACAUGUGCUUCAACUACAAUGUGCGCGUGCUCUGCUGUGAUGACUACAGCCACUGCCCAAGCACGGCCGCCCCCACACCCACCUCCUCCACACAGGCACCCAAACCCACCUCCACGGGGGUCACCAUGGGGGCCACCACCCCCACAGCCACUGCCUCCACAGCCACUGCUGCCACAGGGGCCACCACCCCCACACCCACUGCUCCCACAGUCACUGCUGCCACAGGGGCUACCACCCCCACAGCCACUGCCAUAUGGAGCACCAGGUCGGCAGCAGUAACAAGACCCUCAACUCCAGCCACCACUAAAACUGGCCCCACCUUCUCAAAGACCACAGAGAGGGUGUCCCUCCCCAGUCACUCUGCCCCUCCAGCUUCCACGACCAACCUCCUCCCUACCAGGAGGCAGCAGACUUCCCAGGCUCUGACCAUGCCUACCAGUCCAGCUGUGACCAGCACAUCCACGACAUCCCCCAUGGUGACCACCCCAGUGCACACGACCCUGAGGACUUCCAGCUCUGGGCACACCAUAGGGACCAUCCUGCCGUCCAGCUCCCCAUCUCCCAGCACAGGCUGUGUGCCUCGCUGUGCCUGGACAGACUGGUUGGAUGAGGAUUAUCCUAGCCCUGGCCCUGAUGGUGGGGACUUCGAGACAUACUCCAACAUCCGUGCGGCUGGGGGGGCCAUUUGCGAGCAGCCGCUGGGCAUCCAGUGCCGCGACCAGGCCCAGCCUGAUAUUCCCCUGUGGGAGCUGGGCCAGGUCGUGGAAUGCAGCCUGGACUUCGGCCUGGUCUGCAGGAACCGUGAGCAGGUGGGGAAGUUCAAGAUGUGUUUCAACUAUGAAAUCCAAGUGUUCUGCUGCAACUACAGCCAUUGCCCCAGCACCACGGCCACCAGCUCCACGGCCACACCCUCCUCCACUCUACCCUCUACAACCACCCCCUCCUCCAGCCCAGGGACUGCACCCACCUAUCCGGGGCUGAUCACCACCACCACACCCACGACCACUGGCUCCAGGGCAACACUCUCCACCACCCCAGAGACUACUGGUCCUCCCACAGCACUGACCACCGUGGCCACCACUCUCAUGGCCACUGGCUCCAUCAUCACUCCCUCCUCCACUCCAGGGACAACUCCCAUCCCCCGAGUGCUGACCACCACGGCCACCACACCUGCAGCCAGCAGCACCCCAGCAACUCCCUCUUCUGCCUCAGGGACCACCUACACAUCCCCAGUGCUGACCACCAUAGCCACCACAGCUGUGGCCACCAGCUCCAUGGCUACUCCCUCCUCCACUCCAGGGACCACCUGGAUCCUCACAGAGCCAACCACUACAACCACCAUGACCAUAUCCACGGGCUCCACAACCACCCUGUCCUCCACUUUAGGGACUGUGGUAAUUCCUACCACAGCCACCACAAUGGCAGCCACUGGCUCUGCAGCCACCCCCUCCUCUACCCCAGGGACUGCUGAGACCCCCAAUGUGUUUCCUACCACAACCACUACUACUCCAGCCACUGGUGCCAUAGUGAUCCCCUCCUCCAGCCCAGGGACUGCUCAGACCCCCAAAUUGUUGACCACGAGAGUGGCCACCAGCUCCAUGGCCACGCCCUCCUCCAUCACAGGGACCACCUGGAUUUUCACAGAGCCAACCACUACAGCCACCAUUAUUUCUUCCAUGGGCUCCACAACCACCUUGUCCUCCACUUCAGGGACCCUGGUAAUUCCUACCACAGACACCAUGACGGUGGCCACUGGCUCCAAAACUACUCUCUCCUCCAGCCCAGGAACUACAAGCACCAUUUCAGUGCUAACCACCACAGCCACCACGAACAUGGCCACCAGAUCCAUGGCCACCCCCUCCUCCACUGUGGGGACAGCUCACAUCCCCAAAGUGCUGACCACCACAGCCACCAUGCCCACAGCCACCGGCUCCACAGUGCCCAGCUCAUCUGCCCUCAGGACCAUCCAAACCCCCACAGUGCUCCCCAGCACUGCCUUCAGUAUGACCACUGCGUCCACCUCGGCCCUCACCACCCUCAUGCCCACUGGCUUCCCCAGCACCCACUUCUCAACUCCGUGCUUCUGUAGGGCAUUUGGACAGCUCUUCUCACCUGCGGAGGUCAUCUACAAUAAGACCGACCGAGCUGGCUGCCAGUUCUAUGCCGUGUGCAACCAGCACUGUGACAUCGACCGCUUCCAGGGCCCCUGCCCCACCUCCCCACCGCCAGUGUCCUCCAGCCCACCGCCCCUGCCCUCCCCUGCCCCCGGCUGUGACAACGCUGUCCCUCCUCGGCAGGUCAAUGAGUCCUGGACCCUGGAGAACUGCACCGUGGCGCAGUGCGUGGGUGACAAUCGUGUUGUCCUGCUGGAGCCGAAGCCCGUGGCCAACGUCACCUGUGUGAACAAGCACUUGCCCAUCAAAGUGUCGGAGCCGAGCCAGCCCUGCAACUUCCACUACGAGUGCGAGUGCGUCUGCAGCAUGUGGGGGGGCUCCCACUACUCCACCUUUGACGGCACCUCUUACUCCUUCGAGGGCAACUGCACCUACGUCCUCAUGAGAGAGAUCCACGCGCGCCUUGGGAAUUUUAGCCUCUACCUGGACAACCAGUACUGCGCAGCCUCCGCCGCCGCCAGCUGCCCCCGUGCCCUCGGCAUACAUUACAAGUCUAUGGAGAUCGUCCUCACUGUCACCAUGGUGCACGGCAAGGAGGAGGGCCUGAUCUUGUUUGACCAAAUUCGGGUGAGCAGCGGCUUCAGCAAGGACGGCGUGCUUGUAUCUGUGACGGGGACCACCAUGCGCGUGGACAUUCCCGCCCUGAGUGUGAGCGUCACCUUCAGCGGGCACGUCUUCCAGGCCCGGCUGCCCUACAGCCUCUUCCACAACAACACCGAGGGCCAGUGCGGCACCUGCACCAACAGCCAGAGGGACGAUUGCCGCAGUCAGGAUGGAACCACGGCCACCAGCUGCAAGGACAUGGCCAAGACGUGGCUGGUUCCCGACAGCAGAAAGGACGGCUGCUGGGCCCCAACUGGCACGCCCCCCACUGCCAGCCCCACGGCCCCAACGUCUGGCACACCCACCCCCAGCCCGUGCCCGCCGCAGCCGCUCUGUGAUCUGAUGCUGAGCCAGGUCUUUGCCGAGUGCCAUGACCUGGUGCCCCCCGGCCCAUUCUUCAAUGCCUGCAUCAGUGACGGCUGCCGGGGCCGCCCCGAGGUGCCCUGCCAGAGCCUGGAGGCCUACGCGGCGCUCUGUCGCGCACGGGGAGUGUGCAGUGACUGGCGGGGUGCAGCCGGCGGCCUGUGCGAUCUCACCUGCCCACCCACCAAAGUGUACAAGCCAUGCGGCCCCAUACAGCCUGCUUCCUGCAACUCCAGGAACCAGAGCUCACAGCUGGAGGGGCUGGCGGAGGGCUGCUUCUGCCCCGAGGACCAAAUCCUCUUCAAUGAACACACGGGCAUCUGCGUGCAGGCCUGCCCCUGCGUGGGACCGGAUGGCUUUCCCAAAUCUCCCGGGGAGCGGUGGGUCAGCAACUGCCAGGCCUGCGUGUGUGACGAGGGCUCAGUGUCAGUGCAGUGCCAGCCCCUGCCCUGUGAGGCCCAGGGCCAGCCCCCAACGUGCAGCCGCCCUGGCUUCCAGACUGUGACCAGGCCCCGGGCCGACGACCCCUGCUGCCCUGAGACGCUGUGCGUAUGCAACAUGACCACCUGUCCCCAGAGCCCGCCCGUGUGCCCGCCAGACCAGGAGCCCUACCGCACCCAGGAGGAGGGCGACUGCUGUCCCACCUUCCGCUGCAGACCUCAGCUCUGUACUUACAAUGGCACCUUCUACGGGGUUGGUACAACCUUCCCAGGGACUCUUCCCUGCCACACGUGCACCUGCCUCUCUGGGGACACCCAGGAUCCAACAGUGCAGUGUCAGGAGGAUGCCUGCAACAAUGCCACCUGCCCCCAGGGCUUUGAGUACAAGAGCGUGGCCGGGCAGUGCUGCAGGGAGUGCGUGCAGACAGCCUGCCUCACGCCUGAUGGCCGGCCCGUCCAGCUGAACGAAACCUGGGUCAACAGCCCCGUGGACAACUGCACCGUGUACCGCUGUGAGGUCGCGGGCGGACUCCAUUUGCUGACCCCACAGCCUGCAUCCUGCCCAGAUGUGUCCAGCUGCAGGGGGAGCCUCAGGAAGACCGGCUGCUGCUACUCCUGUGAGGAGGACUCCUGUCAAGUCCGCGUCAACACAACCGUCCUGCGGCACCAGGACUGCGAGACCCAGGCCGCGGUCAACAUCACCUUCUGUGAGGGCUCCUGCCCCGGAGUGUCCAAGUACUCAGCGGAGGCCCAGGCCAUGCGGCACCAGUGCACCUGCUGCCAGGAGACGCGGGUCCACGAGGAGACCGUGCCCUUGCGCUGUCCUGAUGGCUCAGCCGUCCUGCACACAUACAUCCACGUGGAUGAGUGUGGCUGCACGCCCUUCUGUGUCUCUGAGCCCGUGGCUCCCACACACACACCCAGAUUCCCGGUCUAGGAGGCCACUGCCAUCUGAUGAUGUUCUGCCUCGACCCCAUGCCCUGUCCAUCUGGAGCCAGAAUGCACAUCGCCCAACAACGACCACCUUGGGCCAGCUCCACGGAACCCCCCGGCCUCUGGCACCCUGUGCCUCCAUGCUCCUGCUGCCUGCCCCAGGGGUAGAACCGACCCCUGGAAGGGUGAGGAGCCAGCAGGAUGCCUUUCAGGAAAGCGCCACUCAGGAGUCCUGCCCUGGUAGAGCCUGUGGCCCGUCUUGGCCUUGCCCCUCCCUGAGGUCACUGGGACACCCUGGAACAAACUAGGCACGUGCAGGCCUGUGUGUUCCCGCCAUGCCCAGAGCCACGGCCAGAACCACGGCCAGAGCCCCCGUGCAGCACGGAUCCCAGCUGGCCGUGUCCAGCCGCUGGGGCACAGACAGCCUGGUCCAGGCAAGGCUGGUUGCUGCUGGGAAGCUGCGCCAGGCGAUGUGUCCGCCUGUCCGUGCCUGCUGCAGGGUACCUCGGGGCUGAGGCCACAAUGGCCAGGUCAGAAGGGUCAGCAUCCCAAAGCCCCCUCUGCCCAGCUCAGCCCAGUUCUGCAAAUAAACCCUGAGCAUCGCCUACA